AUGGCUUUGAUGAAGGCAAGAAGAGCAGCGACCGUAGCAGGGACAUGGCUAAACGAAACAGUUAGCUUCUUCGUAUUCUGUCUCUUCGACAUCAUUGAUCCAUUGCUUUGUCUUGUCUACAAAGUAGCAGACUAUCUUUUUGAAGCGGAGUGGAAGCCUUGCUAUUGUUUGUCGGCCAAGGAACCCAUCACGACGACUCGAGGGAAGAUCCUCUUGUCUCAAAACAAUGGCGAAUCCAAGAUCCUCACUCUUUCUCCGCUUCAAGAACUCAGCGGACGUUCCAAGAUUGAGCUGGAGGAUAUCUCUGAGACCCUUUACACACGUCCUUCUCUUUUAUCCGACCUCUCUAACCUCUCCGUCAAGGUUACUCGGUCUGACUCAAAGUGUAGCGACCAUCAUGACAAGACUAAGAACAAAAGGAAGAGAUCAAUAACAAAGUCAAGCUUGACGGUUAACUUCACGGUCGUCGAGAUGCUUCGGGGAAAGAUCAAACCGCAGAAUUUGAGCCACGAAGUGUCUCGAUGGUCUGAUUGUGAUUGUGGGUUUUGUACAUCAUGGGCCUCUACUUCCGACAAAGAUCACUCCCUCUUUGUCAAAACUCAAAUCCCAAAUGAGAUUACAGCAAAAGAGGAUGUGUUGUUCAUACAUGGUUUCAUAUCUUCGUCAGCGUUUUGGACGGAGACAGUGUUUCCAAGCUUGUUGGCUUCCUCCUCUCCAUAUAGACUAUUUGCGGUGGAUCUUCUAGGAUUCGGGAAGAGUCCUAAACCGGCUGAUUCACUCUACACGUUGAGAGAACACAUAGAGAUGAUCGAGAAAUCGGUCUUACACAAACACAAUGUGAAGUCUUUCCACAUCGUGGCUCACUCUUUGGGGUGCAUUUUGGCGCUUGGACUCGCCGCUAGACACGGGAACUUAAUCAAGUCGCUUACCCUCCUUGCUCCGCCGUACUAUCCGGUACCGGAGGGAGAGGCGGAGCCGAGGCAGUACGUGAUGAAGAAGGUGGCGCCGAGGAAGGUUUGGCCGCCAAUAGCUUUAGGAGCCUCCAUGGCUUGUUGGUACGAACAUAUUAGCCGUACCAUUUGUCUCCUCAUUUGCAAACACCACCGUCUUUGGCAAUUCAUUGCCAAUCUCUUGACCCGUAAUAACAGGACAGUAAACUUUUUAAUAGAAGGUUUCAUGUGUCACACGCACAACGCAGCGUGGCACACUCUACACAACAUUAUAUGUGGGACAGGAAGCAAACUUGAUACGUAUCUAGACAUUGUACGAGACAAGCUUAAGUGCAAUGUGACCAUCUUCCACGGAGGAGACGACGAGCUCAUCCCCAUCGAGUGUAGCUACAGCAUUAAACAGCGGAUUCCGCGGGCACGCGUUAAGGUUAUCAAGAAGAAAGAUCAUAUCACCAUGGUCGUUGGGAGACAGGAUGAGUUUGCCAGAGAGCUCCAAGAGAUUUGGAAGACUUCUUCUUGCUAA